UUAAACACUAAAGGUUAUUUAUCUCUCUUUCCGUCUUCAGCAAGAUAGAACAAAAGAUGGAGAGCUCAUCAGUCCAAUGCAUCUUCUUUGUGUUCAUCAUUCUCAACUUCAUUUCGCUAUCGACUGCUGCUUCAAGUCAUGGAGAAGUUGAGGAUGAACACGAGUUUAACUACAAGAAAAACGACGAUAAGGGGCCAGAGAGAUGGGGCGAAAUUAAACCAGAAUGGGAGAUGUGUGGAAAAGGAGAGAUACAAUCUCCUAUUGAUCUGAUGAACGAGAGAGUUAAGAUUGUUUCUCAUCUUGGACGGCUUAUUAGAGACUAUGAAGCUUCCAAUGCCACUAUCAAGAACAGAGGCCAUGACAUUAUGCUAAAAUUUGAAGCUGGAGCAGGAAGUAUUAAGAUCAAUGGUUUUCAAUACGAACUCCAACAGCUUCACUGGCACUCUCCCUCUGAGCAUACGGUCAAUGGAAGAAGGUUUGCACUAGAGCUGCAUAUGGUUCACGAAGGCAAGAAUGGGAGAAUGGCUGUUGUGACUGUCUUGUACAAGAUCGGAAGAGCUGAUACUUUUAUUAGAUCGUUGGAGAAGGAACUAGAGGCCAUUACUGAUCUGGAUGACGCAGAGAAACAUGUAAGGAUGAUUGAUCCCAAACAAAUUAAGAUCGGAAGCAGAAAAUAUUACAGAUACAUUGGUUCACUUACCACUCCACCUUGUACCCAGAACGUUACUUGGAGUGUCGUUAGAAAGAUUAGGACCGUGACAAGAGAACAAGUGAGACUUCUCCGUGUGGCUGUACACGAUGACUCGCUGACGAAUGCCAGACCGGUUCAACCAAUCAACAAGCGCGUGGUUCGCUUAUACAGACCAAGAGUUUAGUUGAUGAAGAAGACACUUUACAAGUUCUUACCAAUCUUUAAUUCUUCAUAUAUACACAAAAUAAUGGUUUCACUAGUUACUAUACUGUUUUGAUGUGUAUUUGUUUAUCGUCUACGAAAAAUAAUGACAUUAUACAAUUAAUCUUGCUUUUAUGAUAACGACUACCCAAUCGUUGCUAAUAUGGCCCAAAAAGAAACCAAACAUAAGCUAAAAUAAAGUUUAUAAAUAAAAGCCCAAUUAGGCCCAUUAAGAAGUUUUGGCGGGUAGUUUAAAUACCCGUUAGAUGUGAUAAGAAAGAGUGAUGGCGCUCUUUUAUCUCUUCCUCUCGUAGUUCCCACCUCUUCCCAUUCCACGUUAACAUUCGGUAUUCCACUCACGAGUUCUCACUUUACCAUUAUCUUCGUUGUAUCGUGAUUGACAUGUCCGAACCUCGUAUGCCAUCUAUUUGAUUCACUAAUAGAUGCUAAGUUUAGUUGAACCGUCUUCUUGAUUCCCAUGCACACCUUAUAGAGCUCAUUUUUAGACCUUUGUGCUUUAACGAGUAGCAUGCCAUGUUGAUCAUGCAUGGUUAGCUCCUCUUUUCGCAACCUUAUAUCACAUCCUGACGUUAUUGCUCGUCCGAGACUAUUGCUUCUCAAAUUCAGAAUAAAAUAGACGUUGGUCAUCUUCCUUGACUCAUCGUUCAUAUCUAUGAAAUAUAUUAUUCCUUUUCCUUUUAUACCAAUGUGUGAGUCAUUCCUGAAUCUUACUUUUCCCGUAAUUGAGCUAUCCAAUUUAGAAAAUAUCUCUUGUCUCCUGUCAUAUGGUUACUCAGGCCGUUAUCUAGAUACCAUGUGUUCUCUACUACAGCGUUUGUUUCGUAUUUGUCUGUUAGACAAAUUUUCUCGUCAAAAUACAUCACUUCGUGCAUCAUAAGCUGAUCCGCGUCAUGUGUCUCGCUAUUGUCAUUUUCUUGAACUUCUUGUAGCUUUAGUAGUCGGACAGGACAGUCCGUGGCGUAAUGCCCUAAUUUGUCACAACGAUAGCAAGUUAUGUACGGUGCGUCUCUUGUCCAAUUAUUCCGACCUCGACCAGGUCCUCUGUACAAAGAGCAUCCUCUUCAUCCUCUGUUUCUGAAAUCUCUAUUCUAGUCCCUCCAUACUCUUAAUUAUGUUGUCCGGUCUGAGCUUCAUUAUUUAUGUACAUAAGUUUGGUUUGAUCUUCUUAUGGUUCCUCGUCUUCGAAUAUGCGUUCUUCAUAUGGUUUUAAACGACCAAUAAUAUCUUCGUAAAUUUUAGUAUUAAGGUCUAAUACUUGCUGGAGAGAUGCCACAAUAUGAAUGCAUUUCUUGUGAGGGAGGCUCUUAAGGAACUUCUUGACGAGUUUAAAUUCUUCGAUACUCACUAGACUUUGAAGAUAUCUCAGAUAGCUUACCUCAAAACUCAUCAAUAAUCUCGUUAUCCUUCAUCUUGAGUCGAUCAAACUCAUUCAUCAGAGUUUGUAACCUUGCUUCUUUGACUCUUUUUGCUCCUACAUGCCUUGCUUAAUCGCUUCCCAUACCUUCUUCACAAUAUCGAGUUCUCCAACUUGAAGAAUAAGAGUUCUGGUAUAGAUUGAAACAAUAAAGCUACAGUCAUGUUGUUCUUGUCUCCCUCGGUUGUUUCUUCUCCUUCUAUAACCUCCCAAACCUUGUGUACCUUCAAUGCAAUUUUCAUUCUUAUGGCCCAAACGGUGUAAUUUGUUGAACUCAACAUCGAACAUUGUAUUGAGGACGAUCCUCAACUGUUUUUCAUCUUCCCAGUCCCAGAAACAAUAUAUCCCAUCUCUUCAUAAGUCUCUGAUACAAAAUGUAGAACUCAAAGAUCGAAAGUAACUUGAACUUAAAAAAUUAAUUCUUCUUUAUUGCUUUAGAAAACUCAUUCAAAAACUAAAUCUCUCAAGUCUCUCAAUCUCAAAACUCAUAUCUAAUGUCACACUUUGACAUCUCCAUAUAUAUAAGAAUAUAAAGUCCUAAACACACUAGACAUUAUAAUGUUUAGAUAACUCUUAAACACUUAAGGACUUUCCUAUUUCCUAAUCCACAACUCAGUAGGAAAUAGAUAACUUGAUCUUCAAGUUAUUUCAAGUUUAGCCCAACAUGUUCGGUUUGGUUAGUUCGGUUCUAUAAUAUUUCCAACUGAAGUAAACUAUAACUAGUU